GUUUUCGGCGAACCUGUCCGAUUUCUGUCGACACGGUGUCGUUAACUAGCGACAGAGCCAGCGGCAAAAACCCCCGUUGGAAAAGGAGUGGCUUCUACAAGUCGUGGUCCAGCUAACAAGAAGCGUCGAUAGAGAGUUGCACAAUUGCGGAAAAGCGCAACAGAGAUCUAGGAACUGCGAGCAAUCCCGAUCGGAAUUCACUCCGAGAGUGAGCUGAGGUCUUAAUUUUGGCGAGGCGACUGCGAUUGUAGCAAAAUGCCUGUCACGAGCCAACGCGUUGCAGUCAAUCGUUGCCUCGACGCCAACGCGUCGCUCGAGAUAGACGAAGCGUGCUUCAGUAUUUUGAACGAGUAUAAUAGAUCUGUCACGUUGUAUUCUUAUUCGUCGGACUGCUACCAGUGUGCGAAUGCACCGCCACAAGCUAUCUUACCAGCGGGGAAAAACACGACGUUAGUUGUAUCCACGAAAUAUCCUUUGCACGUAUUCUACAAGGACACUUAUGAAUAUUGCCACACAACUUACAAUUUUAAAGAGCAUGGAAGUUACGGCUGGAACAUUUCCCAGGAGCAGCUGUGCUCGCAGAUUUAUACGAUUCGCGAACCGAUAAACAGCUAUCUUCCAAUAUUUGCGGCGUUCAUGGUGUUUGUUCUGUUAGCGAUUCUGUUCGCCACCAUCAAAGUUAUCGUGCGUGUGAUAAAGGGAAAACUUUCUCCGGACAAUAUCCACGACGACUUGGAUGAGCUUCAGGAGACUGAGACGCCGACUCCGAUAGUUCGAACAAACAGAUCCAGCACCAGGAUCCGUUCGAUCGACACGCUCCGAGGGAUUGCUGUAUUAUGGAUGAUAUUUGUCAACAACGGCGGUGGCAAAUAUGUGUUUUUCAAUCACAGCGCGUGGAACGGCUUGACAGUGGCCGACUUGGUGUUACCUUGGUUCGCAUGGAUCAUGGGAUUAUCGAUCACCAUAGCGAAACGAUCGGAGCUUCGUGUGUCGAACUCACGCGGGAAAAUUAUUUUACGUUGCCUGCAGCGCGCGCUUAUCCUCGUGCUUCUCGGAUUGAUGGUCAACUCGAUUCACUCGAAGUCGCUGAAGGACCUCCGGUUCCCGGGUGUCCUUCAGCUGCUGGCCGUUUCGUACUUCGUAUGCGCCACCAUCGAGACUGUAUUUAUAAGGGCGCAUUCUCAGGACGACGUGUUACAGUUCGGUCGGUUUUCAAUCCUACGAGAUAUCUUGAACAAUUGGGCGCAGUGGCUGAUCAUUUUAGCGAUCGUGACGACGCAUACUCUAAUCACGUUUACCCUGCCUGUCCCGAAUUGUCCAACGGGAUACUUGGGACCCGGUGGCUACUACAAUUUCGGGAAAUUCCCUAAUUGCACCGGAGGCGCGGCCGGUUACAUAGACAGACUCGUGUUUGGCAGUCAUAUGUACUCUAAGACGGACAAUCCCGUGUACGGUACCAUCUUGCCUCACGAUCCUGAAGGUAUAAUGAACACGAUAUCUAUAAUACUUGUUGUGUACAUGGGUGUCCAUGCCGGAAAGAUCUUAUUGCUCUACUACCAGUGCAAUGCUAGAGUGAUACGCUGGCUGCUGUGGUCAUUCGUCACCGGUAUCAUUGGUGGGAUAUUAUGUCGCUUUGACAAAGAGGCCGGAGUGAUACCAGUCAGCAAGAAAAUGAUGUCGCUUUCGUUUACCUUGACGGUAUCCUGCUUUGCGUUUUUACUGUAUGCGAUCUUACAUUUCCUUGUCGAUUAUAAACAAUGUUGGAGCGGUGCGCCGUUCAUCUACGCAGGUUUGAAUCCAAUUACGCUCUAUGUUGGACACAUCAUUACCAUGGGAUUAUUUCCGUGGGCUUGGCAACUGACGCAUGCCACGCAUUGGUCACUCCUCGCUAUGAAUUUGUGGACCACAGCUUUGUGGGGUGUGGUCGCAUAUUGGUUGUAUUUAAAAGACAUUAUUAUAUCUGUUUAAGAUUAUCAAUUAAUGUCAUAAGAUGAUAUAAUCUCGAAUGCCAGGGAUCGGGUAAAACACUACAGAUUGCUACGCUUGCAAUACUGUUGACGUAGAUACACACGUACGCUUACGAGACCAUUUGUGAUUUACAAAAGCGAGUAUAUCUAAAAUAACGAAAUAAGAGAAACGACGAAACAGAAAGAGAAGGUAGUUCGAUCGCUCUUACAAGAUCAUCGUUCAUUGACAAAUUGUAAAAUUAUACAAACAACGCAAUUUUCACUUCAAUCAUUACCAUGUAUUAAGUUUUUAAAUAAAAUUUUUUACAAGAU